GAUAUGAAUAUGGGAGAUUGGGAGUAUACCCUGACCCUGUCUGUGCCUGUUGUCCCUUUGCAAAUUUUGCAGCGAAGAGGGCUGAGACCGGAGAGAGAGAGAGAGGAGUUUUCUCGACACUCGACACGGAUAUUGGAUCAAUGAUGGCGUCCCUCACACCUGGCAUCCUCCUAAAACUCAUGCAAUCCAUGAAUUCUGACACCAAGGUCGUCGGCGAGCACCGCUCCGUCCUCCUCCAGGUUAUUGGCAUCGUCCCUGCACUCGCCGGUUCCGACCUCUGGCCCAAUCACGGCUUCUACGUUCAGCUUUCCGACUCCGCCAACUCCACCUACGUCUCCCUCUCUGACCGUGACACCGAUCUCAUCCUAACCAACCUUCUCCAGCUUGGCCAGUUCGCCUAUGUUGACCGCCUCGACUUCGACUCCCCUCCCGUUCCCCGUGUUUCCGGCAUCCGCCCCAUCGCCGGUCGCCAUCCCUUCGUUGGAACCCCUGAACCACUUAUCGCUCGCUUCUCGGGUUCCGAUCGUGGUUUCGUCAUUCAGCCCGUUUCCGAUUCCGACCGUUCCAUUGACCCCAUUGCCGCCUACUUAUCUAACAAGAAACCCUCUGGUGAUACCAAGCCGAAAACGAAGAACCUAGCCGAUAAGAAUCAGGACAGACCGGUUCUAGCAUCACGAGAUAAUGUUCCUUCUGUUACCACCGGAAAUGCUAGGAAUUCAGACGAGCUGAAGCCUCCACAGAAGCCUCGUCGCUUCUCAUCGCCAUCUUCGGCAAAGCAUAAUCGAUCUGUAUCGGCCGGGAAGAAGAAUGGACCCGGCACUGAAAGGGAGCCCUCGCCUGCAGGCAAGGCUAAUUCGAGGUCGGCAUCGCCAGUGCCUUCCAAAUGCGUAGUUCCAAGCUUGGUUGUGGCUAGGGAUGAGAAUUGGAAGACGUCAAGGGAACCUGCAAUUAUUGUGCCCUCAAGAUACCGGCAACCAUCGCCUACUGCACGGAGGCAGGCUUCUCCAAGUGCGCGAAGGGCUUCUCUUUCUCCAGGGAGAAGGCUUUCCGGUGGAUUGAAAGUCUCUCCUGUCAUUGCUGCUGCAGCGGAUUCCGCUAGUAAAAAGAAGAUGGCUACCAUUGUUGCAGGGAUUUCGAAGGUUUCGGAUGCUCUAGUGGGGUCUACCAAGGCAACGAGGAAAAACUGGACAGAGACAGAAUUAUCAGAUGUUGCAUCCACGGAGGAUCAGAAAGACAAGGUGGUCUCAAAACAGAAAACUGAUCCGCAAGCUAUUCUGCGUGCACAGGUUGCUAUUGCAAAUAGACUGAGUGAUGCCAGUAGUGGACCACCUGAUCAUGGGGAUACUUCAACUAAUGAGAAGCCAAAGUCUAAUUGUAAAACCGAAGAUUCUCUGCUGUCUCAGAAGCAUAACUGCAUGACUCCAAGAAUAACUGUUCAUGAUCGGAAAUGGACUGAUGGAAGCAUUCCAUUGGAUGCUGUCUCUGCUAACCUUGCAAGGCUUGGAAAGGAGGCUUUACAUAGGAGAGCUAUGGCUUCUAUAGCUGCUGCGGAGGCCUUAGAAGAGGCUAGUGUUACUGAAUCUAUUAUAAGGAAUUUAAGCAUGUUUUCAGAUGUAUGUUCUUCGUCUAAGGCUGAAAAUCCAUUACCCACCAUUGAUCGGUUCCUAUCAGUUUAUGAAGAUGUGCUCAAAUCAAAAGCAGUUGUCGAAUCGGUUGCAAAUAGUCGCCCUUCUGAUAGAACUGAUAAUGCCACUUCAACAGAGCGUUCAAAAUCCAUUUCUUUGUGGGUUGCAGCAGCUUUGGCUACUGAUCUUGAAAUUGUCUCUCUAAUAACUAGCACUAAAGUCAAGAACAUGGAAAAUCUUACCAAUUGUGCUCUUGAUGUACGACCUCCAUCACCUUCAAGGAUGAGUCUAUCCAAGCGGCAAUCACUUAGUACACCAGGGAAAAACCAUGUUAAAGUGCAGUCAUUAUCCUCUGAUUCUGUUACUGGAUCAUGGUCAAGGGCUUCUGGAGUCAAGGAGACGGUGGAGUUAACAAAAAAUUUGCAGUCAGAGAUGCAAUUGUGGUUUUUGCAGUUUGUUGAAGAGUCCUUGGAUGCAGGUUUCAGGGUGUUUAGGGUCUGCUCAAAUGAUGGCAAGGGAGUAUUCCAUCCAGAGAAUGGCCCACUUGCUGCAGUUCUUUCACAGCUGAAACGAGUCAAUGACUGGUUAGAUCGGGUGGGGGAAAAACGAGAGGAGUUGAUAAUGGAAAAAAUUGAACGUUUAAAGCGAAAGAUUUAUGGCUUUGUCAUUCAGCACAUUGGAACGGCUGUUGAUGACUCCACUUCAUUUUCAACGGCUUGAUUCUGUUGGUUAGCAUUUUACCGUAUAUGAAACAAGCAUUUUUGUUUCUCCAAGUAUCAUGAACAUAUCUUGUUAUUCCAGCACAAUGACCUUGAAUAAUUAAAUCCGUAGAUAAGAGAUGUAAUUGUUCUGGUUCGAUUGGUUCA